AUGAAUACCAAGUUUUUAGUAUUCUUCGUUGCUUCAAUUGCUUUAUGGCAAGUAGCAAAAGCACUUGUUAUUAAAGAUCAAGAAUCAGUGACUGAUGGUGAUGAAUCUGCACCAGUCGUUGUCAAUACUGUACCUACUAUUGAUGAUAUGGUAUCUUCAACAGUUGCAAAUAACGAAGGUAAAAAAUUAGCUGUACAGUCAGAUGAAGACGAAAAAAAUGACACAUUAAAUGCUAAAACUGACGAUGAUGAUUUAAAUAAAAGAAAUAGUGAAGAAGAUAUAUUAACAUCUACAGUAGACACAAACGAAGCGGUUCAAACACCUUUAAGUGAUGACAAGGACACUAGCAGUGUCAAGUCAGUCAUGGAAGAAGAUGAAAAGAAAACACAGUCGGAAGAAACACCAAAAUCAUGUGAUGUUAAUGAUGAAGAAACAACCAUAUCAACUGCCGAAAAACAUUCUCAACCCGAGGAAGUAGACGAAGAAGAACAAGAUGAUGUAAUAACAAAUGAUGAUGACCAUGAUACUACUGACUGA